GAGAUUUCAGCUGUAGGAAAGCGUCUGCUCAUAAUCUCCUGAUGCAGUCGGUGUCCAUCCAGAGUCUGUCAGAGCUGGAGAGAGUGCGGCUGCAGGAGGUGUCGCUCGCCAGACUCUGCAAAGACUUCGACCUAGGAUGCCAGAUCACCAUCCCUAAAGAUGGCCAGAAGCGGAAAAAGUCCCUCAGGAGGAAGCUGGAUUCCUUAUCAAAAGAAAAGAGAGACAAAGAGUCGGAGCCACAGGCGUUCGGUGUGCCGCUGUCUCAGGUGAUCUUCAAUGACCGUCGGCAGAAGCAGCAGCAGGAGGAGCGAGAGCAGCGAGGGUCUUCACCGCUGCAUCUCCACACACACACGCGCAGAAACACCAGCAGAGAUCUGUCCAGCAGCAACUCAUCCCUCAGCUCAUCCUCAGAAACACACACUGACAACAACAACACACCACAAACACCAGAGACGGCGCUGCGCUCCAGACGACGGGGCGGUGUGUCUGUGGACUGCAUCACUGAUCUGGAUGACAGUGACUCUCGUCUCCUGGAGGCUCUUCAGCUCUCCAUGCCUGUGGAUCCCAGCAGCGAGAAGAAGAAGAAGAAGAAGAAAACCAGCGGAGAAAAACUGAGCCUGAACCCCAUCUACAGACAGGUGCCGCGCGUGCUGGACUGCUGCUGCCAACACCUGCAGAGAUACGGCCUGCAGACGGUGGGAAUCUUCCGCGUCGGAAGCUCCAAGAAAAGAGUUCGGCAGCUGCGCGAGGCCUUUGAUCAGGGUGCAGAGGUGAUUUUAGACGACCGUCACAGUGUUCAUGAUGUGGCGGCGCUGCUGAAGGAGUUUCUCCGAGAUAUGCCUGAUCCUCUGCUGACCAGAGAACUGUACGCCGCAUUCAUCAGCUGCGCAUCUCUAGAAAAGUCGGAGCAGCACAGGAUCAUUCAGCUGCUCCUCUGUCUGCUGCCCGCCUGCAACAGUGACACCCUACAGUGCUUACUGCACUUCCUGUCCACCGUAGCCAAACACGCGGAGAAUUCCUGUGACGAACACGGAAACCAGGUGAUGGGCAAUAAGAUGACCUCACUGAACUUGGCCACAAUAUUUGGGCCGAAUCUCCUGCACAAACAGAAGAGCUCAGAGAAAGAGUUCAGCGUCCAGAGCUCCGUCCGGAUGGAGGAAAGCGCAGCCAUCAUCAGUGUGGUCCAGUACAUGAUCGACAAACACCACACACUCUUCAUGAUCUCUGCAGAGCUGCAGAAUGAGGUGCUGCUCAGUUUGCUGGACACUGACAGUGAUGUGGUGGAUUAUCUGAUGAGGAGGAAAACACCACAGUGUGAAGACUCUGUGUGUUCCAGUGGUGAAGUCUCUCCAUAUGAUAAUAACUCUCCGGUGCUUUCUGAGUGGUUUCAUCCGUCCGGUUCCAGUCUCGCAAACACACACCAUCAUCUUUCCUCAAACAGCGCCGUGAACUUCUGCCUCUCAGCGACACACACCGACUCUGGGGAAUCGUUGCAUGAUGAAGCUCAUGUCUGGCGAACACGACACACUCUUCUGACUGGACUUCAUGACAAACUCCUCACAGGUUCAGAUGGAAACCUGUACAAACGCGCCUCGUCUGAUGUUUUCUAUGAUGAUGAUCGUGAUGCAAAACCUGAAAUGCAAACAUCAAAUCAUCAAACACCUCAUCGUCCAAUCACAGAGAGAAACAAGACUGCGCUUAGCCAAUCAGAGGAGGCCGAAGCUCCUGUCAGCCAAUCAGCAUCUUCCAAACAGGAUGACAGACUUCCUGCGGCAGCAUCCAUGCAGCCGCUUGUCAAUUCCUGUCACGGUGCUCAGGGUUCGUCUUCACAUAUCACAGUGUCUUCAAAAAGCUUGGAUCAGCAUCCAGAGUGGACCAGCGAGAGAUGGCAGAUCUGGAAACUUCUGUCCUCUGACAGUAUUGACACGCUUCCUGAGACCAUGGUGUAAAAACACCAUGUAGAGAGACAGUUCAGACCAAAAAAUUAUCAACCUGUCAUCAGAGAAAGGUGUUGUUUUUUAAUAAUGUCCUGUAAAUGAGCAGUCUUCUGUAUUUUGUGAUUGAUGUUUUUAUUUUGUCACUGUUUAUUUACGCUUUUGAAUUGCAUUAUGGGAUCUUGAUGUUCCUUCCAGCAACUUUUAACCUUAAAAAGUGUGUAAAAGUGACUUUUCUGAACACGUGUAAUAGUGUGCAUCGCUAUAUUGUCUGGGUUGGUGUUGUUUAUUACGCUACAAACACCUUGUAAUAAACCACCAGUACAUUUUCUGCUAUUUUACAGACCUAUUUCUCUAGAUAUUAUUUCAGGCUAUAAAAUGUCAAUAAAAGUCACUUUGUUACACUGUAGAGUUGAAUUUUCAACAUUGAAAGUGGACAGAGCAGAAAUAAACAUCCCAUAAUGCAACUCACAAAUGUAAAUAAACUUGUAAAUUGCACAAUACAGAAACUGUUCAACAUAUUUUACAGUGUGGACAAUGAAUAACAUUAGACUCUUAUUAUUAAAUGUAUAAUUGGUUCACUUCUUAAAAUAUUAUAUUUUGUAUUUGGGAAUGAGCAAAUGAUAAACAGAUUUAUUUUUGGCUGAACUGUCCCUUUAAGAACCUUCUAAUUUGCAUAUUUGAAUUGGAUUGGCCACAACACAGAUAAUGUUGAAUUUACCAGCACACUGUUUUUUUUUUUUUACUUUCUUAAAAUAAUUAUUGAUGUUGUCAUUUUGGGAGGAAUAUUUAAAUGUUUUCAAUAUUACGUAAAAUCUGAAAACUAAUAACUUCGUUUAAUGCUUUUAUUCAGCAGGGAUGGGUUAAAUUGCUCGAAAGUGACAAAGUAAUUUAUAAUGUUAAAAAAAAAUUCUCUGUUUUAAAUUAAUGCUGAUCUUUUGAUCUUUCUAUUCAUCAAUUAAUCUGAUUUACAUUGAUAAUAAUUAUAGUAAUAGCUUGAUUUCUGAAGUGUCAUGUUGAGCUCUUAAAAUUCUCUUUUAAAACACAUAAAUAAAUGACAUUUUAUUGUAUAUUCGCAUAGGAAACUACUGUUUUAAAUUGUAAUAUUUAAAAUUU